AUGCAUUCUCUUCACAAGAUCACCUCCUACGGCCAGCAAAUUUACGCUUGCAUCACCUACGACCCCUCCAUCGUCACACGUUGGAUCAACGACGUGGAGCGAGCCUACCUGCCUUGGCUGAAUCGGCUUGUCGUUGGCCUCGACAUUGAGUGGCGCCCGAACCUCGAGCCAGGCGUCAUCCACCCUGUGGCUACACUGCAACUUGUCCAUGCAUUUCUCACGAAUCCCAACUAUACAUUCGUCGGUGUCGGCAUCGAGGAUGUCGCAACAAAGCUGAGCGACGACUAUGGGCUUGCUGUGUUGCGCAUGGUUGAUCUCCGUAUGCUGGCGGUGGGGAGGUGGCGGAACCCGUCAUUGGGUUACAUGGGGCUGAAGAAAUUAGUCAAAGUUAUACUCCGCAAAGAUCCCGAGAAGCCCAGAGAGAUCACGCUGAGCCAGUGGGGAGAGCUUGCGUCGGUGGGUGUGUGA